GGUAACUCCGUUCUUUUUGGGUUUUGCGUCGCCUCGUGGUUGUUGUGCGCAUUAAAUACCCGUCUAAUAUUUUUAAUUUUCCUUUUUGAUUUACACGUGUAACCGGAGGAAAAUUGCAGCAAAAUGAGUUUGUAUAAUUUUAAGAAAAUUAUGGUGGUUCCGCCAGCAAAGGACUUUAUCGACAUUAUGUUGUCGAAGACACAACGUAAAACUCCCACAGUUGUGCACAAAGGCUACAAGAUAUCCCGUAUUCGUGCCUUCUACACACGCAAAGUGAAAUUCACCCAACAGAAUUUCCACGAUCGUCUGUCGCAGAUUAUCCAAGAUUUCCCCAAGUUGGAUGAUGUUCAUCCCUUCUAUGCGGAUUUAAUGAAUGUUCUGUACGACAAGGACCAUUACAAAUUGGCUUUGGGUCAAUUGAAUACAGCACGCCAUUUAAUUGAUAAUGUUGGCAAGGAUUAUGUCCGCUUAUUGAAAUAUGGUGAUUCUUUGUAUCGCUGUAAACAAUUGAAAAAGGCCGCCUUGGGUCGCAUGGCCACCAUUAUGAAACGUCAAGCUUCCAAUUUGACAUAUUUGGAACAAGUACGUCAGCAUUUAUCCCGUUUGCCCACCAUUGAUCCCUAUUCGCGUACCAUCAUCAUUUGUGGUUUCCCCAAUGUGGGUAAAUCAUCGUUCAUCAAUAAGAUCACUCGUGCCGAUGUUGAGGUGCAGCCAUACGCUUUCACCACCAAAUCCUUGUAUGUUGGUCACACCGAUUACAAAUAUUUGAGAUGGCAGGUAAUUGAUACCCCCGGUAUUUUGGAUCAUCCCUUGGAAGAACGUAACGUCAUUGAAAUGCAGGCCAUUACCGCCUUGGCUCAUUUACGUUCAUGUGUUCUGUACUUUAUGGAUAUUUCCGAACAAUGUGGCCAUUCGCUGGAAGAACAAAUUAAACUGUUCGAAAGUAUUAAACCUUUGUUCACCAAUAAGCCAUUGAUUUUGGCUAUCAACAAAAUCGAUAUUCUUGGCCUUGAAGAUUUACCCGAAGAAAAGCGACAAGUUAUUGAAAAAUUACAAGAAGAUAAAAAUGUUCCUGUACUCUUCCUCUCGACCGUUAGUGAAGCUGGUGUUAUGGAAUUGAAAAUGGAAGCUUGUGAACGUUUGCUCUCGUAUCGUGUCGAUCAAAAAAUGCGUACCAAGAAAGUGGAUAACAUUCUCAAUCGUUUACAUGUUGCAAUGCCUGCACCACGUGACGAUAAGGUACGUGCUCCAUGCAUACCCGAACAGGCUUUGGCCCGUUUGGAAAAGAAUGCUGAGCGUAAACGUAAACUGGAGAAGGAUAUCGAAGAGGAGUUGGGUGAUGAUUAUACAUUGGAUUUGCAAAAGAAUUACACCGAAAUUGCCGAAGAGGAACGUUACGAUGUUAUACCCGAAUUCUGGGAAGGACACAACAUUGCCGACUACAUCGAUCCGGAUAUUUUCGAGAAAUUGGAAGAAUUGGAACGUGCCGAGGGUAUUCGCGAAGAGGGUGGUGUUUACGAUAUUCCCGAUAUGACAAUGGACGAGACACUGAAAGAAAUUCGCGAAAUGGCCAAGAAGAUUCGUCUCAAGCGUUUCAUGUUGCGCGACGAAAAACGUCUGCAGCCACGCAAAAACAAACCCAUUAUUCCACGUCACAAACAGCCCAAGGUGCGUGAUCGUUCGGUUGGCAAAUUGGUGGAGACAAUGGAAAAUUUGGGUGUCGAUAUGUCUGGUUCGGAGAAUGCCAACUUCACCAAAUCGGUGGUGGAUUUAAGACGUGGCCAAGUUGCCGUUGGCACAAAGAAGGAAUUGAAGAAGCCUCUGCUGGAUAAGGAAUCAUCAGCCAUUGUCAAGAAGACUGGCCAGCCAUUGAAACGUAAGCCAGCACGCGAUACCAUGGGCAUUAAGAAUGUGGCCAUGAAGAAGAAGGCACAAAUUAUGGCCAAGAAAGAUAUUGCCAAGAAGGUUACACGAUUGGGUCUUAAGGGUGAAGCUGAUCGUUUUAUUGGUACCAAAAUGCCCAAACAUUUAUAUGCCGGCAAACGGGGUAGUGGUACAGCGGAUAGACGUUAAGUUUUUUCAUUCUAUUUCAAUU